UAAAUCACUUCCCCUUCACCCCAAUGUUCCCCCAACCUCCUCCCUCCUCCUUCCUCCUUCCUCAUCGCUUGUCACAACUCUCCAGAACCACCAGCGGCGUUCAGCUUUGCAGCGCUUCGUGGGGUUAGACGCGGAGAGAGCUUGACGCCGCAUCGUGCAGAAGUACCAGGGGGAGUAGAUAGGCGACUGACCGACUGACGGAAAAACCAGCAAGCCGGAGCCACCCAACUCCAAGGGACGUUCAGUUUUUUUUUUGCACGACUGCGGUGCUCGGGGCUACGAGCUUACGGGCUUGUAAGGGGGUCAAUAGAACACCAGCAGAAGGAGUGGCUAAGCACGGCAAGCAGGUCCAGGGACGAACCGACUGACCGACUACCCGUACGGAUUUCCCCACCACCCCAAAUGAAAUGCCUCCUCCUCCUCCUCUUGCGCACGGCGACUCCGGGAGGCGGGCGAGGAGGGGGGGUCUCUGCCGGCGAGGGUCGCGGUGCUGGGCGUGCAGCCUCGUGGUGGCCGUCGCGAGUCUCGUGGUCCUCACUCUGCUGCUCGUGGCCGCGGCGUUGCUGCAGCUGGGACAUCCACGGGGCCCCGAGGAUGCGGAUAAAUGCGACAGGAUCAUCCGCGAAUGGCCCAGCUACCAACGCGGGGCCGUUGCGUCGGACGCAACGCAAUGCUCCAUCGUGGGCAGGGACAUUCUGAAGGUAGGCGGCUCUGCGGUUGAUGCAUCGAUAGCUACCCUGUUCUGCACCUCGCUGAUGAACCCACACAGCAUGGGUCUGGGAGGGGGCGUCAUUUUCACCAUUUACAAUCCGGCCGGAGGCGAAACAGAGGUGAUUAUGGCGAGGGAGAGGGCUCCGAGGAACCUGCCGCCAUCCAUCAACGAAACACUUUGCAAUCGAAAGAUGCUUUCCAUGGAGCCGUUGGCGAUCGGCGUUCCAGGCGAGCUGCGAGCCUACGCCCUCGCCCACCGCCGGCACGGACGCCUGCCCUGGCACAAGUUGUUGGAGCCGAGCAUCCAGAUGGCUCGCAAUGGCGUUCCCGUAUCGCGGGAGCUGGCCGAGAAGCUCGCCAAAAUCGACGAGAGGGUCAAAUUCAAAAACGACUCCGAAAUCUGCGAUCUCUUCUGCUGGCCCAACGGCACCGUCAAGAAGGAGAACGACAUCGUGCGCUACCCAGCGCUCGCUCGCACCCUGGAGACGAUCGCCAGGGAAGGCGAGGACGCGUUUUACAACGGCUCCCUGGCCACACUGCUAGUCGAAGAUGUCCGCGCGAAAGGCGGCGUGCUGAGCCUGGAGGACUUGCGGUCAUACCACGCCGAAAUCGUGAAACCGCUGAUGUUCCCCGUCGGCAAGUACACCCUCGUCACCCCGGCACCUCCGGGGGGAGGUGCGAUCCUCACCUCCAUCGUCAACGCUCUCUCCGCGUUCCACAUGCAGAGAAGGGAGAUGAAGGACACUGAGGGCAGGGCCCUUGACUUCCACCACAUGGUCGAGGUGCUCAAGUUCGCCUACGCGCAGCACAAGGAGCUCGCCGACCCCGAGUUCGAGAACAUGGCCCAGAAGGUGCAGGAGCUGAUGUCUCCGGCGUACGGCGAGAAGCUGCGACAGCAUAUCCAGGACGACCGCACCCACGAGCGCUCCUUCUACACGCCCACUGACCCCGACAAGCCCCGAUACGGCACGUCGCACCUGUCCGUGCUGGCCGAGGACGGCGGCGCCGUUUCCGUCACCAGCUCCAUCAACUUGUAUUUUGGUUCGCAGGUCGUGUCGAACAGAACCGGCAUCAUUCUCAACGACCAGAUGUCCGACUUCUCCUGCCCUCAAGCCGGCAAACCGGCCUUCAACUUUAUCGAGCCGUGGAAACGUCCCAUCUCGUUCAUGAGCCCGAGCCUCCUCCUGGACGAACGUCGCUUGGUGAAAAUGGUGAUCGGCGCCUCGGGCGGCUCCAAGAUCACAGCGGCGAUAGCGCAGGUCUUGGCGAACGUGCUGUGGCUUGGGUACGAUCUGCCAAAUGCAGUGUGCCAGCCAAGACUCUACAUCAACCAGGGAGAUUUCUCCCUGCAGAACGAGACAGGCUUCAAUGAGGCCAUCAAGCUGCUUUUGGAGAAGAAAUCCCACGUGUUUAAGCAGAUAUUCCCCAGUGUUGGUGUGGUGCAAGCCAUUUGGCGCGAGGAUGGAGCCAUAACAGCUGUGUCUGACGCUCGCAAGUAUUCAAUGGCCGAUGGCUACUAGGCCCGGGAGAGGGCUGCCCCCACUCAGGCCGAGCUGCAAGCACCCUCCGUCUCACACUCCUCUGCCAAGUGUCUCCGACACUUCAAGUGCUCUGUCCGUCGGAUGCUUGGAGAGAGGCCUACGAAUGUGGAAUCUCCCAAGCGCCGCUCCGCUACAAGGACAAAAACUCAACGCAAUGAUCUUGUCAUAUUAACAGCUCGGCGCGUCAAGUCCUGUUCCUCUGCUGUGCCCUUCGAAGUUGUGAGUUUCACGAGCACCUGCCGGUCAGUGGCCUCCAGCUGGCAAGGUGCUAACAAGAGGCCCACGAAUUCUGUGGCGUCUCGCAAGCGAUGUCCCUCCUCGUGUUCAUAGCUUCAAAAUGCAUCACAAGUUCUGCUGCUUGCGAGGCAUCCUUCGAAGUUUUCCGCUGCACAAUGUAUUCGCUCGGGCUCACAUUUCCCAUAGACGUCAACUCGACCUGGAUAGAAUAACGGUGGUGUCACAGUUGCUUGUCGAGAUUUUAUCGGAGGGCUUAGAUUUUUAUAUUUGUAAUGUGCAACAACAAAGUCGUUAUUUUAAACGUUUUUGGGUGUGGGGGGAGGGGAGUUGUUUGUCCAUCAGUGUUCUUGUACAGAAAUUAUUGUUUUAAAUACAUGGUUAUGUGACAGCACAGGCAUUCCUCAACAGAUCACGCCAAUGCUAGGUGGAAUAGUGCUGGAAGGGAAAGAUAGCACAAUCAUAAUACGAAUCAUCCAGGCCGUCUCCUCUACCUCUGCGGUGUGUUUUCGGGUUGUACCGCGUGUUGCUUUGCACACUCCAUCCCCGAUGUUGUCGGUGCGAAAACACAUCGGAGUGCUGUACGGCACAGCAGCAAAAAAAACAACGCACUCGGUAAUAUUUCGUCCACUGUGCCACUGUAAUGACACUACAGUGGUAAAUGUAAAUUCGGCCUUCAGUUCUGUUUGCACGGCUUCGGCGGCCUAGUGUGGAGAAACUGUACGUGGGUUACACAACACUUUAAUGCUAGAGUUCAAAGUCAAAGCCAUUUCCUGCACAGAAGAACAUUGAGGCAGUGCUCAUAGCUGUUUACAGCCCUGAGCCAGUGGGGGUGAACAUUCCACAUUCAAAUUGCUGUGGCCAUAGGAAAACCGACUGUUGACUUCCUCACAAGGUGGUACUCGAUUUAUUGAACUUUGAGGGAUGAUGGGCCGAGUUAAACCCCCAACCAGGGUGAACUAGCGACCCUCUUAUUGUGAGCUGCUUGCUGCACUGCUGAGCAAUGGGACCGGAUGAUGAUGAUGACAGAGUUUGCUUAGUUACAAUCUCCAUUUGCUGUGCGCAACUGCCUCAUGGUGGUGCGACAGUGGAGAUUAUCGCAGCAGUGGCAGUCCUCUCAGGAGGAGGACUGCCACUCUAUGGCAAGACUUGUAAGAUUCUCACGUCCUACAAUAUAUCGAUGUAGCAUACGACACAAGAUUCACGAUCAGUGUAUCGCCUGCUUGCCAAAAUAUCCUGAUUAUAGUUUGUCGUUUAAAAAUAUAGAUUUUAUUUCAAAUAACUUGAUUGUAAACAAGUAGCUUAAAUGAGUAUAUUUUCUAUUAUAUUCUGGAGUAAAUGUUAUGGCGGUUACAGUAUUCGAUGUCAUCAUUUUGGUAGAUAGUUUAUGCGUUUAAAUAUUUCCCUAUUGUUUAACUAACAUCAUGUGUGCUAUAGAAGACUUAUGGUAUGCCGAUGUUGAGUGCGCUACAGUUAAAUUACUCUUAAUUUGUACUGAAAGUAAUUAUAUUUUGGCGCUCUGCCUUAACAGCAUGUCCUUGGCUACCAUCCGCUGCAUCCUUCUCUGUUCUCUGCCCUCUGCUUGACUUGCACAAGUGACCCUUCCUUCAACUUCCCUAACAUGCCAAUCCCCGGCCUUCCUCUCGCUUCCGUGCUUCCUUCUAUGACGGCUUUCUUCGUCAAAACGUUCCCCUCGAAGAAAUGAGGCCAACUCGGGUUUUCUUUCUCCUCACGAUGACUCCGUUGUCAUUCUUAUUUUUUAGUUAUUGCCAACGCGUACAUCAAACGAAAAAACAUUUACGUUGCGGAAAAGUGAUGUCGCGGGAGUAGUCGUCGUACCGGGGAAAACUGAUAUCGUAUCGUGAUGUCGUAACAUCACACCUUCCCAUUUACGGUUGCCAUAUCGCAGUGGCUCUCCCUCCGUGCCAUGUAGGACCCUCCGAUGCUUGCGCUGUUGCUUUUGAUUUUUCCAUUCCAGCGCACAUUGUUCAUCCGAUGCAGCGUUGCUCUCGAUUGUAUCUGGCACGCAACGCGGCACAGGAACAGUUCAUGUGUAGAUACAAUAACAAAACUUGUGGCGUGAGGAAGUGGCCCAUCAACUGUGCAGGAAAUCACUCGCCCCUUGCUCCCCCCCACCUCUUAUUUUACCCCUCCACCACAAACUUCCAAAACUUUUUUUUUUAAUGAAGGAAAAGAGCCCACAGUUACAUUUGUAAAGAAGCGAGAUAUCAUUAAACACAUGAGAGGGUGUAAAUUUGCAAUUUUAUGUAUUCAAAUAUUUGAGAACGGUGGAGAUGCUAAAUGAGGCAUGUGGGGGCCAUAUUUGUUUAGCGAAUAUCUGUAACUUUUACUCCAAUUGUGCUAUUGGUGUAAUGUCAUGAGUUCAGGUUUCCUUUUCAGAACUCGCAGAGAACAACAGUGCUUUGCCCCCUCGUGAGAGAACGGCCCUGUGGAAGGAGAUAUGAAAGAACUACUUCUAAGAUCCCUUCAAGUAAACGUUAUCGACAGAAGUAUGGGCACCAAACGUUCCCACGCACCUAUUUAUGCGGUCAAAAUUAUUUUCAAUUCUCAGAACCAAGAAUUUCUUGCAAAGUAGAGCAGAAGAAUCAAAUAUAUUUCUAUUGAUUUUUGUUGUUAUUGUUGUUGUGUGUGCAGUCCUUUAUAACCAGGCUGACGUCAUCAUCUCACUAUGGUUGAGAAUCAAAUGCAAUCACGGACAGCUGCAAACUGAAUUCAAACCAAAGGUGUCAGCGGUGCCAACGCUCCGAUCCCGAAGAUGUCCGGCCACCAGAGUGAUCACACUUUGGAACUUCAGUCCCAGACCGCACUCUCUUUGCAUCAUGUGCAUGAACUAAAACCAAAUACCUCCUAUUAACUGCUGUCUAUGACAGGAGCACAUCAAAUACAUGGCUAUCCUUUGUACAAAUAUUGCAAACGUGCAGAAUAUUGCUACGGAAUGGAAAUUGUCUGAGGAUGUGAUUGUAUUUAGACAAAAGUGUUAUUUGCCUUUGCUGCCAAGCUUUAUAAAAUUAUCUUUAUACAUGAUUAUAUAUUUUAAAACACGUAUAUUAAAGGAUGCAUAUAAAAUGUGAGACGAAUAGCAUACGCUCUUAUAGUCGCAUAUAUUCAUCACCUUUAUCUUUUGAAGGUUUUUAACAUCAGACCAGUGCGCUCUCUCUGUAGCACGUUCGCGGGUGUGCUGUGGUGUUUUAGAAUUCAACAGCAAGGAAAGAAAAAUGAACCCGUAAAAAGAAAGUUUUUCACUAUAAAUCCUUUAUAUGCGUGGCGGCUAGAGUCCUCUCGUCCUCUGGCUUGAGAUGGCUGCCACCUAUGGGUCAGAUGAUUGCCUGCCACCAUUAAGCAAUUGGUAAUUAAAUAUAAUUUGUUUUUUUUUAAGUGUAAAAAUUUGCAAACAAAAUUUCACGAAAAUUAAUUGUCACGCACAACGAAUCUGUGUGCAAAAUGUCAGCUCGAUUGGAUCACGGGAAGUGGGUUAAAAAGACGACCGAAAGAUUUGCACGGUCGUAAGCAAGCAAGCGCGCAAGCAAGUGAACUUAAUGUAAAGGAUUUAAAAAGAACCUUGCCGUACCCGAGCUAGGAAAAGACGAAAUCACCUCUUUGUCGUACAGUGAAAAGCCCUCCCCUCUCCAUUGGUCGCGGUGCAGCAUGGCAGCGGGCAGCCGUCGGCCCCCACCCCCGGCCCUCUAACCCCCCCCCCCCCCCCCUUGAUCGCGCGUGCGCAGUUGAGAUCUUUCAUCAGUGUUUUUUUUUACGUUUAACUUCUUUUGCACCGUACGUAGCCCACCGUGAUAAUCUAAAGUUUGCGGGGGGGGGGGGGGGGUGGAAGGACAACAAACUAAACACACAAAAAGUACAUUCUUGGUUCUUUCGGUAAAGUCACGUAGAAGGGAAAUAAUAAAAUAAUAAAAAUAUAAAACAAUAAAAUUCUCACGACGUUUCCGACUGCAACGCAAGCGAUCAUGUUUGUAAUUUUAUUAUUAUUUUAUUAUUUCCCUUCUACGUGACUUUACCGAAAAAACCAAGAAUAUGAAUCCCUGCAGUCACGAAAGCUUUAAAUCAAAACACAAAAAGUAGUUCUAAAGAAAUUAGUGUUCAAUCUCGAGAAAUGAGCUGUCAAUCUAGAAAACAAUAGUUUUUUUUAAAAUCUCGGUUAGUUCUGUGCCAACAAAGACCGAGCGAGGUUGACGGUGCGUGCCGCGGGGAAUGUAAAAGGUUGAGAAGCACUGCGUUGGAGGAUGCCAUUGUUUUGUAACACUUGCUAUGAAUACCCGAACAAACACAAUACUUGCAUUCAGCUGUUAAAAAAACAUCGGCGGUGGGGGGGCUCUCCUGUUUCAGAUCAACAAUAUUUCGGAGACCUCCCCGUGAUGACACCUCAAUCUUGACCCAUGGCAUGUGCCCCAAACUUAAGUAUGGGAUUGCUUGGCAGGUGACAUUGACAAAAGUCGAUUGUUUAUACAGAAGGCGCAGGGUGAAUUGUGACACAAUACAGUAAGGUGUAGUUAUGCUUCACCUACGGUGGUUUUUAUGCCUUAAUCCUCUUAACAUUUACGCCCAAACCUCAUGCGGCACUUUGAAUAAACGUGGCUUUUCCUGUGGCUAAUUCAGGACGAAUGUUAUUCACGAUUCUGAAGACUGUCCACGUGCGAGUUUAUUCCACGCAAUUGUUGCUUGUCGGACAAUAUGAAAUGUGCGUCGAAUGUAGUUUACAAAACGUUCGUGAAUUAAAAUGCAUUUAUGUAGCUUAUUAACGUGUUCAUUUGAGGAUCAAGAGGGAGGCAUCUUGUAUCUGUUGGCGAUAUGAUACAGCUGGCAAAACCUGCCAUAUGUUACAUGAAGACGAUUGUGACUGAGUGACUGAUGUCAUUGGAAUGAUGUUCUUGGGUUUUUUUCCCUCCCCAGGACAUCACUCAGUGAAUAUACCCAGCCGCACGGGCAUUACGUUUCAUGCACCAUGUGUGGGUGGAAGCUCAGGCGACUUGCCAUCAAUUGAAAACCCACUUAAUGGCAGGGCCUCAUAAGAGACCGUUUCUACCAUAAAACAGUAACAGUAAAGCUGUAGCCCUUGCACAUACUUGCUCACACCGCUGCUGGCAGUGUUGACCCUGAUGAUAAGCCCAUUGAUACUGUUGGGGGGGGGGGCGGACUGAUGCGGGGGGGUGGGGUUGGAGGGGAGAUUUAAGAAACUUGCCUAUUUCAAGCCCAGUCUACUAUAACCACCACACUAGGGCAGCCUCCACACUUUAAAAUAAAAUGGUGCCAGUCAUUUAUUUACAGCCAGGGUUUUAUGGGGCAUUUACGCACGAGACACGUCGGUGCGUGCAAGCAGUCCUGAAUUUCCAGACCUCGACAGCAGCGUGUCUCUCCCCCCCACCCCCCGUAGGUGCUUUGGAAAACGAGACUGCUUAAACCGCGGUCUUUCGUUCACGAAUAGCAACCGAUAAAGGCUCGCAGGAGCAGGGGAUACGAACGGCAGUGGGCUCUGUUUGCCGGGGGUUCAACGGAACGCGUGUCCCCUGCGUGAUGGUGACCUAAUGAUUCUAAAGGGCAUGAUUUUCAAAUGUGAUCAUCUGUGAUUUUAAGAAUACUAUUUCUAUUGUUUCAAACUUGACCAGUUGAAGAAUAUUAAGGAUCACAGUCGUGUACUGUAUACGAAAAAGUCGCGCUUUGUUCAUCUUGCAUAGACUGUUACUGCAUGAAAACUGAAGAGAUGUUGGUGUGUAGGACAGCGUCAAUGAAUGGUUGUGCAGAUACAAACUGAUUUAACGCAUUUCUGUUUUAACGUAUAAUCUACAGAACAUUUAUGAUGAAAUAUUUUUUGUCUAUUUUUAUAACAUUGUUAUUUACUAACAAUAAAGCCUUUAUACGAAACAUUC